UGGGCGGGCCCUGCGGCGGGGCCCGGCGUGAGCAGCUGUACUCCCGACAGGUGCAUCUGCAGACGCAGCAGGAGGUGAAGCUGCGCAUGACGGGCAUGGCCCUGCGGGUGGUGCGCUCCGAUGGCGUCCUGGCACUCUACAACGGCCUCAGUGCCUCCCUGUGCAGACAGAUGACCUACUCCCUGACUCGGUUCGCCAUCUAUGAGACCGUGCGGGACCAUGUGGCCAAGGGCAGUGAGGGGCCCCUGCCCUUCUACAAGAAGGUGCUGCUGGGCUCCAUCAGCGGUUGCAUUGGAGGCUUCGUGGGGACUCCCGCAGAUAUGGUCAAUGUCAGGAUGCAGAAUGACAUGAAGCUGCCCCCGAAUCAGCGCCGCAACUACGCCCACGCCGUGGACGGCUUGUACCGGGUGGCCCGAGAAGAGGGUCUGAAGAAGCUGUUCUCGGGCGCGAGCAUGGCAUCCAGUCGAGGGAUGCUUGUCACCGUGGGCCAGCUGUCCUGCUACGAUCAGGCCAAGCAGCUGGUCCUCAGCACCGGGUACCUGUCUGAUGGUGUCUUCACUCACUUUGUUGCCAGUUUCAUCGCGGGUGGCUGCGCCACGAUCCUGUGCCAGCCCCUGGACGUGCUGAAGACGCGUCUGAUGAACUCCAAGGGCGAGUAUCAGGGUGUUCUCCACUGCGCAGUAGAGACAGCAAAGCUCGGGCCGCUGGCCUUUUACAAGGGCCUCCUGCCUGCAGGCAUCCGCCUCAUGCCCCACACCAUGCUCACGUUUGUGUUUCUGGAACAGCUCCGCAAACACUUCGGCAUCAAAAUGCUUUCCUGAUGGGCCGGGGAGCGGGCUGAGCGCGGCCCCAGUGCCCUCCUCCCUCCUCCUGGGCUGGGACCUCCACCCUGGCCUUCCCCAACAGGCUCCUGCCCACACCCAGCCUACCUGGGCCUGAGCUCAUUCCAGUGACCUCGUCCUCUCCAUCUCUUGCCUGCCCACCCCAGGCUCUCCCCACCUGGUAGUCCGGCAGCCCCCCCCGCACACUAAUGACUCAGAGGGGAGGUGUCCGGGCCCUGGGUUCAGUUUUCUCUCCUCCCUGAGUAGCUGGUUAACACAAGGUGGGCUGUCCAGGCUUUCUAGAGUCUGGGGCCCUCAGCACCAUCUUCCAGCAGCUUCCAUCAGGAGUUGGGUGGCCGCGGAGAGGGGUGCAGACCCCCAGCAUGGCUCACCAAACUAGGUGUGUGCAUGUGCCCUUUUAUUUCUGGAGAGGGACCAUAGCUUUUCUGACAUUCUCAAAGGUAGCUCUGCCCCCGGAGCUCUGGGGCCCUGGGCAGAUGGCACCAUGCAGAAUCAGCCUGCCCAGGAGGGAGGGUGAGCACAUGGCCUGCGGGCACCAGGUCCAGCCAGCCCCCUGCUGCUUCAACAAGUAGUUUCGCCAAAAGCUCUCAAAGCCAGGAGCCUGCUGCUGCUUCAGGGAGCGUGGGGUACGCACGGCGUCCCCGCCUCCCACAGCUCCCAGGCAGAGGCAGGCUGCAGGGUGUCCUCGGGGGCCCACUCCGUGUGGACGGUGGCAUCCGCCCACAGCCGAGACCCAGAACGCCCGCGCCUGAGGUCUGCCAGAGCAGCCCGUCUCCCCGACCCCAGCAGGGGUGCUCUGCAGGGGUGUUAAUAAAGGACUGUGAAGUGCUCCA